AUGUAUAAUAGUGUAAUCCUUAAUCUUAGUGAUUUUGCCAGCAAUACUAGUGCUCAUGGGAUUCCAAGAGCAUAUAAUAACAAAGGCCUUCGUCGUUCCUUAUGGCUUCUCCUUUUUUCAGCAUGCCUUGGAGCAUUCUUUGGACAGGCAUAUUAUUUGGUGGCAAAAUUUUUACGUAAUGAUAAAAUUGUAUCAGUAGAAUUAAAAUUUGAAAAACUUGAAUUUCCUAGUGUUACAGUUUGUAAUCUUAAUCCAUAUAAAAAUUCACUUGCUAGAACUAUGGGAGCAUUAAAAGAUACACUUAAUGCUUUUGAUUCUGCCAUCUCAUCAACAGAAAAAGAUGGUAAAUCAAAAAAGACCCGUCGUCAAUUACCAAGAAAUUCAUCUUACAAAACAAAAAUUGUCAAAUCUCCUUGUAUUAAAUCUAUGGAAGAAAUUUAUAUACCUUCUGAAGAAAGUAAAGAAUACUGUUAUUGUUUUAUUACAAAAACAUUAAAUAAUAUUUGGUCAUGUACACCAAUAGGUGAGUGGAAAAAAACAACCUGUCAAUAUUGCUCCCUUUCUGAUACUUCAUUUUGUUUACGUUUACCUAACAAUAAUACUAUAGGAGGUGUUUUGACAGAUUUAUCAUCAUCAACCUCAUUUGUCAAAUCAACUUUUCCAUGCAUUUGUAAUUCAAUCUCAACCCCUGAUGAAGGGUGUUUUUUAUCAAAUUUUGAUGCUUAUAUUCCAAAAUGGCCAUUAAUUGGGAGGGAUGAAAAAUGUUUAUGUUAUAUAGAUAAUAAUAAUAUUUCUUCAUGUCAUAUCACCUCAAAUGGUAAUGAUGAUUGUUUAUGUUUUGCUCCCAAAAAUAAUGAUAAUUAUUAUUGUAAAAAAAGAAGUAUGUGGUAUAUUCAUAAAUGCAAAGAUUGUAAUUGGAAUGGUAUAUGUCAUAAAAGUUGGGCACUUCAUACAUAUGAUAUAUGCCUUUGUGAUGAUGAGGGAAAAUGUUUUGAGGUCAAAGAAAGUGAGGUAGAUAAUAUUAAUGAUAAUGUUAUUAGAAUUGAUUAUGAAAUUGAAAAACGGCAUAAAAGAGGAUUAAAAAGUAAGGGACAAAAAACUAAAGAAGCUUUAGAUUUAUCUCCUGGAAAAGAUGUUAUGGUUAUUUAUGCUAAAUGUAAAUGUGAAGGAUCUAUUUCAUGUGAAGGGCAAAAAGAAAGUACCCCAGCUGAAAAGUAUAAUGAAUUAUGCCUAUGUGCUUAUAAUCAAAAAAAUGGAAUUGUUUGGCCAUGUUAUAAACCAGAAGUUUGGAAAAAUAGAAAAUGUACAGGUUGUUUUGGUAAUGGGGGUUGUCAAUAUGCAAAUUCAACUUUUACUAAAGGAAAAAAUGCAUGUAAAUGUGCUGAUAUUAUAAGAUUUUGUGUUGAAACACCACCUCCAUCUACAAAUUUAAUUAAUGUUGAAAAAAUAGCAUCUAAUUUAACAGGUGCAAUUAUGUCACUUAGUAAUCAUUCUUUGGAUCUUUCUGAAGAAGAAGAUUAUUUAGAUCAAUUAAUUGCUGAUGAUUCAAUACCAAAAUAUUGGCAGAUAUCUAAAACAACAACAAUUUCGCCAGAGAUUGUCCAAAAAGAAAUUGAAAAAGAAAAGGCUUUUGGAUUAAAAGAUUUUACAGAUCCUAUCGCAAUAAGAGCUAAAUCCGCAGAAAACCUUAUCUUUGCUGUUAGUAAUUUAUCAGAAACUGAAAAAUUAUCACUAGGUUAUACACAAACUGAGUUCAUAAAAAAAUGUUCAUUUAAUGGAAGACAAUGUUCUGUUGAAAAUGAUUUCAUUAAAUUUGUUGACCCAACAUAUGGAAAUUGUUUUACAUUUAAUUACAAUAAGUCUGAAAGACAAAAUAUUGACAAAGCUGGCAAUAUUAACGGUCUACGUUUUGAGGCUUUUGUUAAUCUAUCUGAUUAUCUACCAACAACUGAAGCUGCUGGUAUAAGAUUAACAGUACAUAACCCAGAACAACAACCAUUUCCUGAUACUGAAGGAUAUAGUGCGCCAACCGGAUUUCUUUCAUCAUUCGGCAUAAAACUUAAAAAAGUAAAAAGACUCCCGGCUCCAUAUGGUGAUUGUUAUGAGGGAGAAAAGAAUGAGGAUUAUAUAUAUAGGGAUAAAGAAUACUCAACAGAAGGUUGUAUAAGGACAUGUUUACAAAAAAGUUUAGUUAAAGCAUGUGGUUGUGGUGAUCCUAGAUUUCCACAAUAUAUGAAUGAUUCUAAUUGUCCUGUUAAUGAUCCAAUAGCAAGAGAAUGUUUAAAAAAAGAAAUAAAAAGAUCAAUUUCUAAAGAAAGUUGUAAUUGUAGGCAACCAUGUUUAUCAUUAAUAUACAGUGUAACAUAUUCCUCAAGUAGAUGGCCAUCUGGUAUAAAUUUUAGAAGAACAUGCGAAGAAGGUUUAACUCCAUUAGAAUGCUUAAAUUUUUAUAGAGAACAAGGUGCUAUGAUAGAAGUUUUUUUUGAACAAUUAAAUUACGAAGCUUUAGAAGAAAGUGAAGCUUAUGCUCUACCAAAUCUUAUCUCUGAUUUUGGAGGUCAAUUAGGUUUAUUUCUUGGUUGUAGUGUUAUAACAAUAAUGGAAGUUGGAAUAUUAUGUGUUGAUCUACUUGUUACAUUUUUUGGUUAUCUCUGCAAAUUUUUUAAAAAUAAAAAGAAUCCAGAACCAAAACUUAAUGUUUAUACAAAAGUUUUGAAUAAUCCAAAUGGACAUAGAAAUGGUAUUUCUUUUGUCACUUCAAAUGAAUGUGGAGAUAAUUAUAAUAAAUGUAAAUAA